GCGCGCAGAAACCUUUCUUCUUUUCCACCCAGACCGUUUCUGGAUGCGGAUCUAAAAGCAUCUCUGGGAUUCUCAGAGGUUGUGGAGUUUUAACCAAUGGUGAAGGAGUUACCGGUGUGUAGUGGAUGGUGAAGCGAUAUGAUUUGAUUACUUAUAAGUGUGGCUUUUUUUUAUUUUAUCGUUUGCCGUAAAAGUUGUGGAUUAUUGUUUUUGCCGGUGUUUUUUGGUGAAAGGUGUGUUUUGGAUAUUUUAUGAUACCUUACCUGUAUGGAUUGAUUUGGAGGAUUUUUAGUUCUCUCACUUCGCAUUUAGAAGCGCACGCACUUGUUGCUGAUGCAGUUGAAGGCGCUGAAUGAAAUGGUUCUUUGAUUUGUGAUUUGAAGUGAAAAGUGUGGUUGGAUGAAACGAAAUGGAUUUAAGGUGAAACUAUAAGUAUCGAUUGUUAAAUGAACCAUGCAGCACCUUUUAGAAAGAUUACGAUACGAGAAUUUUAAGUGCUUCUUUCUGUUGCUGAUAUUUUCGUAUUCUCUGCAAUGCGGAUCGGCUCUCGACCUCACGGAGUGUGUGGCAGCCCUCGGCAUGGAGUCGGGUGAAAUCAAAGACUACGAAAUAAACGCCAGUUCAUCGUAUAACGAAGGCAGUGUCGGUCCACAAAAUGCAAGGUUGGACCGAGAAAUAAAUGGCGGUGCCUGGUGUCCAGAGAGACAAAUAAGCAAAGAUGUACACGAAUAUUUAGAAGUUUACCUUCCUAAUUUAUACGUCAUAACAGCCGUGGCGACCCAGGGAAGGUUCGGUAAUGGUCAAGGUCGAGAGUAUACAGAAGAGUACCUUCUGGAGUACUGGCGCCCAGGACUUAGCAACUGGAAAAGGUUUACGAAUAGACGAGGGAUACAGAUAUUCGAAGGAAAUACCAACACCUACACCAUUGUAAAAAGAAUAGUAGAUCCACCCAUUAUUGCAUCAAAAAUUCGAUUUGUGCCCUACAGCGUUCAUCUUCGAACAAUUUGCAUGAGAGUUGAGCUGUAUGGUUGUCUUUGGAAUGAGGGUCUUGUGUCCUAUGCCAUGCCACAGGGUGAGAGGAGAGGAAUAGACAUUAACCUGUCGGACAAGAUCUAUGACGGUAUUAAGGAUGACAGUUAUCUCCAUGGCGGUCUGGGACAGUUGACCGAUGGGCUGAAAGGAGAGGACAACUUCCGGGUGGACAACACGGGUUUCGGAAAAGGCUAUGAGUGGCUAGGUUGGAAGAACGAUAGUGGAGGCAUUAGCACUCUUUCAACGGAUGUUUUAACUGGGGUAGAAUCUCGUCCCAUUGAGAUUAUCUUCACGUUCGAUGUGGUCAGAAACUUCUCGGCUCUCUACUUCUAUUGCAACAACAUGCAUUCCAGAGACGUCCAAGUCUUUGCUUCUGCAAAAAUAUGGUUCAGCGUGGGAGGGCGAUACUUCAAUAACCAAGCAGUUCAGUUCUCAUACAUGCCUGACAUAUUUUUCGAACGCUCUAGAAAUGUCACCAUCUUCCUGCAUCAUGGAAUAGGGCGUACUGUGAAAGUCGAACUACAUUUUGCAGCUAGGUGGAUACUUAUCUCCGAAGUUAGUUUUGAUUCAGUACCAGCUGUGGGUAAUUUCACGGAAGAAGAACCUCCUGCAGCUCCACCUAUAGGUAUGAGCACAGCUUUGAACGAAGAUGCUCUUGGCAACCAAUAUGUGGGUUUGGUUAUCGGGGUCUUGGCUGCUGUCAUCCUUCUCUUGGUGGUGGUCAUCUUUGUCAUUAUAGCCAGGAACAAGAGGAGGAAGAACACGUCACCCCAUAACGUCCUCAGGCCGGGAGAGAACAGGGUGACCAUCAACAUGAAGGAUCUUGGGCUGACAUUCAGUUCCUGUCCCAGUCACCUCUCGAAUGGUUCUGUGUAUGGUCAAGUCGCUGCCGAUGAUCCUGAUAAACUGCUGUAUCAAGAACCUCAAGACAUGAAAGUGAAUUACACUGGAGCUUAUUGCAAUGGUUCGGCAAUUUCUCGAGAAUACGCUAUCCCAGAUGUGAAGAAGGUUAUGCCCACCACCACGACCAAAACAUCUCCGUUUUCAAGAGUGAACGGUCCCGAACGACAUUAUGCUGCCACAGCUGUCACAGAACUGCCAAACAUACAAGGCGUCAGUGGUAACACUGUAUACGCCGCACCAAAUGUAGAUGAAGAAAUGUUGCCACCCGUCAGAGAAGUGCCUCGUCAUAAAUUACAUUAUUUAGAAAAACUAGGCGAAGGGCAGUUUGGAGAGGUGCAUCUCUGUCGCGCAGAAGGUAUUCCAGAGCUGGUGGACGUCCCAUGCCACGGGAACUCUUCAACUCUGGUGGCGGUGAAGAGUGUGCGUCCUGGUGCUAGCGCCAACACGCGCGCCGACUUCUUCAAGGAGGUCCGCAUACUCUCACAGCUGCGAGAUCCAAACAUUGUGUAUGUGCUUGGAGUAUGCACUCAGGGAGACGGUCCCUUAUGCAUGGUAGUCGAGUACAUGGAGAACGGUGACCUUAAUCAGUACCUGCAACAGCAUGUGCCAGAGACGACUGGAACACUCACUUUCAGACCAACUGGUACACCGAGUAAAACUCUGAGUUACGGAUGUCUGAUAUAUAUGGCCACUCAAAUCGCCUCCGGAAUGAAGUAUCUAGAAUCCCUGAAUUUCGUUCACCGGGACCUGGCGACGAGGAACUGUUUGGUUGGUAGAUCACAUGUGAUCAAAAUUGCUGAUUUUGGAAUGAGUCGAAGUCUGUACAGCACCGACUAUUACAAGAUCCAAGGGAGAGCUGUAUUACCCAUACGUUGGAUGGCAUGGGAAAGCAUUCUUCUGGGUAAAUUCACAACGAAAAGUGACGUUUGGGCUUUCGCUGUCACCAUGUGGGAAGUGUUAACAUUCGCCAGGCACCAACCGUAUGCUGAACUUACAGAUGAACAAGUGAUCGAAAAUAUAGGAUACCUUUACCAUGGGGAUAGCCGUCACAGGUACUUGCCACAACCUCCAAACUGUCCUCGGGAAAUCUACGACCUGAUGAGGGAGUGCUGGCAAAGGAAUGAAUCGGACAGGCCAAACUUUCGAGAAAUCCACCUAUUCUUGCAACGAAAGAAUCUCGGUUAUGCACCACAACUCUGACUGAACUUUCAUAAGUAACGAAAUCUAUCAAAUUUUUUUUGGCUGGCAACGAAACAAAAAAAGCUGUAUAAUUGUUGGCAGUUAGUUUGCACCAGAUGCACACGAAGUAAUUUAUUCUAGCCGGCAAUUCGUCGUCGACUUCUGUCUCACCAUGGAAAUCAAUGGGGAGUUACCAUGGGCGUAAUCACCAUGGACAGAUAUUGCUUUUGUAUUCGAUUCGUUUGCAUAGCUGGAAGCGACAUUUUACUCAUCCAAAAACCACUGACCCGAUGUUAUGGAAUCUUGAUGGUUUUUUCUAACCCCCAAUAAAUUAAGGACCACAUCACUUAACAGGAGCUUUGUAUAAAAUGUGCUGGAUAUCUUUGUAAAUAAUCCAUUAACAAACUGUGCGACAGUGUGAGUAGAAUGAAUGCUUGGAAUCAAUUGGAAAUUAGAUCUGUAUUUCUAAAACUAGUGCAGCACUGAGACCCUCUUUUAUAAAACAUCAUUUCUUUUUUUAUUUAUCAUUCGAACGUUCUCACACAUUCACAUGCAUGCUGGAAUUUCAAAGACGGUUAACUUCUAGUGUUUUCAAGUUAAUUUUGUUCUUAGAACGUUUCACGAUUCGUUCUAUCGAGGUGGGAUUUUUUUUCCUUACUACCCUUAUUUCCUAUUGCAAAUGUGCUGUGACUUUCGUGGCCGAGAAACUUACUUCAGCGACCAAAUUUUUGAACUCGACCUGUGGUACUAAUCAGAAUUUGCAUUUCUUUUGUGUCUAUGUUUUAAAUAAAAAUAAAUUAAUGGAAAUGAUUUUGAGCUUUCGGCUUCUGUGAUCAAGGACCGUUGUUAGCAACGAGGGGCAGCUCACAGCGUGUGAGCCGUCUUGUUUAUAUAUAUACUAAAAAUUAAAAAGGACACUUGGUGAACUACGAUAAUGAGUGAAAAAAUAUUGUGUAAAUGUUGUAAAACCCAGACUUGGAUUUGUAAAGAAUAUCUUCAACUGCAAAUGUAGUCAAUUGUUUGUGUACUAGAAUAGACACAUGUGUAUGAUCAAUGUAUGGAAAUGAAACGAGAUGGAUAUUAUAAAA